CGCGACGGCGUUACGUCAGAGCCAUGCGUCCGACUGGAAAAUCAUGUGGAAAAGAAAAUCUCUGACGAGUAUUAAUAACAGUCUUUCUAUUCAUAACUGACGCGUUUUCUUGUUGAACGUUUUAUUACAGCGUCGCGGAGGUAGGCUGGCUCUCGUCUCCCGUGUAUAUAAACUUAGCGACGCAGUAUGGAGCUCUGCUGGAGGUUGAUGGACUACAUCUCCGACCAAGAAGCCGGACAACAGCUGCCUCCCGCACCCAGCAGCUAGCGUCUACUUUUAAAACGGGGCUUCAGGUCCGCUUUUACUUCACCGCCCGCGUUAGCAAAAUUUCACUUACAAUAGCAGUUUAGUUUCUGUAAUACAUCUGUAGUUAGCUAUAAGUAACCUAGCAGCCACAUCUACCUAACUUGUGCUUCUAAGACAUGUCUGGGACCGAGUGUUAAGUGUUUUUUUGUUAAGUUUGACGAGGUUUUCAGUGAAAAUGAGGUCGCCUUUGGCUCCUGGAAUACGACUUAUCACAACCUUUUCUCGAGAUAGUUGGUACCGUGGUUUUAUUCUUUUCCUGACGUUCCUCUUCUACACGGCCUACCAUCUGUCCCGGAAACCUAUCAGCAUCGUUAAGAGUGAGCUACACAGAAACUGCUCCACAGUUAUUCGACCAGCAGACCUCAACAUCACUAAUAAUGUCACCUGGUGCGACUGGUCGCCUUUUGACCAGGACAACUAUCAGACACUGUUUGGGGUCUUGGACAACUCCUUCCUGAUUGCCUAUGCCAUCGGCAUGUUUUUCAGUGGGAUCUUUGGGGAGCGUCUUCCUCUGCGAUAUUACCUGACUGUUGGUAUGCUGAUGAGUGGAUUGUUUACAUCUCUGUUUGGACUUGGCUUCUACUGGAACAUCCACUCAUUGGGUUACUACGCCUUCGUCCAGGCCAUGAACGGCCUCAUGCAGACCACUGGUUGGCCAUCCGUGGUGGCUUGUGUCGGCAACUGGUUCGGGAAGGGGAAGCGUGGGUUCAUCAUGGGCGUGUGGAACUCCCACACCUCAGUGGGAAACAUCUUGGGCUCUCUCAUAGCUGGAGUCUUUGUCUCCUCAAACUGGGGAAUGUCCUUCAUCGUCCCCGGCCUCAUCAUUGCUUCCACUGGGAUCCUGUGCUUCUUCUUCCUAGUUGAAAAGCCUGAAGAUGUGAACUGCACCCCUCCUCAGCAUCAUAGUGAGGAGAACGGCGAGACGGAGCCUCUCCUGCAAAACUCACCCAACGGUAAUCAAACCAUCAACGGCGCCAUUUCCACUGAGAUUCCACACAUUGCAGAGGAGCACACUGAGGCCAUAAGUUUCUUUGGGGCCUUAUGUAUACCUGGAGUGGUGGAGUUCUCCCUCUGUCUGCUGUUUGCCAAACUGGUCAGCUACACCUUCCUGUACUGGCUUCCUCUCUACAUCUCAAAUGUUGCUCAUUUUGAUGCGAAACAAGCAGGAGAUAUGUCGACAUUAUUUGAUGUAGGAGGAAUUUUGGGCGGCAUCAUGGCAGGCCUGGUUUCUGACUACACAGGUGGGAGAGCGACAACCUGUUGUGUCAUGCUGGUUGCUGCUGCCCCCAUGCUGUUCCUCUAUAAUUACAUUGGACAAAGGAGCCUCGGUACUACAGUCGCUAUGCUGUUGGUGUGCGGAGGCCUGGUGAAUGGACCAUACGCCCUCAUCACCACUGCUGUAUCUGCUGACCUGGGAACACAUGACAGUCUGAGAGGAAACUCCAGGGCAUUAUCAACCGUGACUGCGAUCAUCGAUGGGACUGGAUCAAUAGGUGCUGCUCUGGGUCCUCUGUUUGCUGGACUGAUUUCUCCCACCGGCUGGAACAACGUCUUCUACAUGCUCAUCUCUGCUGACGUCCUAGCCUGCAUGUUUUUAACCAGGCUUGUCUACAAGGAAGUCCUGGGCUGGUGUGGACAUGUCCCCCGAGUCAGAGGGUUCAAAGAAACUUGAAACACUCAUACGAUCAAACUGGUGGUUAUAACACAAAGAAGGGAACCGGCUUUCGAACAGACAUCACCGUACAGUGGACAGCUGCCUCCCAUUUCAGCUGAACUGGAGCGAACCAGAAGACUGGAGCCACUAAGCUGAUGAUGGGCGCCUUCUGAAACGUCUUUUACACACAGACACUUUCUUUUUUUAACUUUUAGACUAAUCUACCCAUUCUGACUGCUUUUAUUACGCUUUUAUCAUUAAAGUGUACAUACUGUGAGUUUUCUUAACUGGGUCUUUUUUCUGUCUCCUUAUAAGUGACUGCAUCGUUUCAUAUUUCAUCCGUCAUGUUUUCCUCAGUGUUUUUAUCUGAUGACUGAGAAAUAAAAACAAUUCAUGGUU